AUGGGUGUCAUCUUUGUCCUUGUAGUUAAAAUUGAUGCUACUUUUAUGAUUGAAUUGAAAUUUAUUGAUAUUCUUAAUGCCUCUGUAAAAAUGAUGUUUACGUUGUUCAGAAGAACUGAAUGGAUGGCUGUAAUUGUAGCUGGAGAAGUAUUGGUAAUGCCAUCUACAGUAGAAGAAAGUCAUACUUUAAGGAAAAUUAAAAGGUUCUAUAAUUUCUGCAUGAAUGCAGAACAACGUGAUCGUCAACAAAAUUAUUCCUUGGCAGUGUGGUUCUCUGACAUCGAACUGUCGGUGAAUAACAUUGCAGGAGCCAUCUUGGGAAUGGAAACCAGCAGCGUUUCAUGGCAGCAACUCGUAUCUAGGUUGGAAGAGUAUCAGAUUCAUACGAUUUUUGAGCCCUCGUUUGAACGUCCGGAUGACUUGCCCAUCGACAAAAUAGUUGUGGAUUGUCCAGUUCCUUUUUUCGAACCAGAAGUGUAUUUGAAUGUUAACGCAAGUGAUUAUUCUUAUCAGUUAACAAUAUACAAAGAAGUAAUGGAUAAAGCCUUAGAGCUUUUGUUCAUCGAUAAAUCUAGAAGGCUCGAAUUUAUGAAGGAUAUUUUAUCGAUUGAAGAAGAUAUCGCAAGUGCUGCUGUGAAACAACUGAUAAGGGAAAUAUGGAGACCUAUGAUCGGAGAAGGCGUGCUUGAUUUGGAUAUUGUCUCGUCUUGCAAAUACGACUUAGAAAGUAUUACCUCGGUCUUAGAAAAUGCUCCUAGAGUAAAAAUCCAUCUGCAUUUCUUGAGUAAACUUCCUCGAUUCGAUUAUGCCUACCCGUCUAAGUGGCAAGAAUGUACGGAUGUCAUACGAAACGAACUUGGCUUAGCGAUCACUAAAGCUCUUAUGGAUGAAGGCUUCAUCAAAGCUGAAGAUAUUACCAAAUUACAGAGCAUGAAAUUAGAUGAUGGAUAUGUUAGCAUUAUAAAUCAAACUGGUGUUCUGAAUAUUGUUUAUCAAGAACUGGAAUUCAAUUAUGAUAGUUACUUUCUGAAUGUGAUUAACUUAAAAAAAUUCAAGACACGUCAUUUCUUUACCAGGCUUUGGUAUGGAAAUCCUGAAAAUCCAAUCAGUGAAAUUGAUGUGCUGCACAGCCCUUUGGGACUCAGUUCCAGCUAUGAUUACAAGAAAAAUACCAUCCGUAUUGAUCUUGGCUUGUUGCGACCUCCUAUUUUCGUCUAUCUAAAGGACAUUCCGAAAUACUUGAAGUAUGGACAAAAUGCAGUUCUGGCUAGAGAAAUGAGCCACGCUUUUGACGCUAAAGGAUGUUUUUAUGACGGAGAUGGUAAUUAUCGACAUCCAAUCUGGUGGCCUACCAUACUGGAAAAAAAAUACAAUGAGCUCAUGGGCUGUAUCCGAAACCAGACCUUAAAAUUUGGCAGAGAAAUCACCAGCACUGAAAUGACGAAUACCAUUAUAGGUGACGUGGGAUCUCUUUUUGUCCCAUUUGAGGGUUUGAAAGCUCACUUGAGAAAUCUUGAAGAACAGGAAAAGCCUCUUCCUGCAGUUUCUCUUAGUAAAAAGCAAACUUUCUACGUGCAAGUGGCUCAAGCUGAAGUGGAGGGUGAGGAGAGAUUAAAAUUGGUGCGUAAUGAACUCGAUGGUGUUAGUCGUAAAGAAGGAUAUCAUGAUAAAGCAAAGAGGGAAACAAAAGUGACAUACUAA